CUAAUGCAAAUUCGCAGGCUAGCCCACUGUUGUUUUCCUUAGCCGCGAGCUCAUACGGCAUCUGCGACUGAAAUCCUGAAACCACAAGGGCGAACUGCCGAGCUUCCGUACGCAACCCUAACGCUGCCGCCAUGGGGAAGGCGGAGACGAGAACCAGGGGGCGCGGCGGCGGAGGCGGAGGCGGCGGCGGCGACGGCGGUGGCAACCCGGGGAAGAUUUUCGUCGGGGGGCUGCCGCGGGACACCACGGAUGCUACAUUUGUGAGGCAUUUUGGCCAGUAUGGAGAAAUAGUUGAUUCAGUAAUAAUGAAAGAUCGGCACACAUCUCAGCCACGGGGUUUCGGCUUCAUUACAUACUCUGACCCUGCUGUUGUUGAUAAAGUGAUAGAGGAAACUCAUGUCAUCAAUGGAAAGCCAGUUGAGAUUAAAAGAACAAUACCAAAAGGUGCAAUGCAGUCUAGCUCUAAGGAUUUCAAGACUAGAAAGAUAUUUGUUGGUGGGCUUCCCUCAGCACUAACUGAAGAUGAUUUCAAGAAUUUCUUUGCAAGAUAUGGGACUGUGGUAGACCACCAGAUUAUGUUUGAUCGUGAAACAAAACGCUCUAGAGGCUUUGGAUUUAUAGUUUUUGCUUCUGAGGAUGUUGUAGAUGAUUUAUUAGCAAACGGAAAUAUGAUCGAUCUUGCUGGUUCAAAGGUGGAGAUCAAGAAAGCAGAACCAAAGAAAUCCUCAAAUCCACCUCCAUCAGGGCGUGGUAGAAGUUCUAGGUCUUCAUAUGAUAGUGGCUCUAGGGACCACCCUUCUGUUGAUAACUAUGGUGGAUUGACCAAUGCUUAUGGCAGUUACAGUGGUGGUGGAUUUGGUCCUUAUAGGAGCGAUGCAGGUUUCAGCGCUAGUAGGCUCGGCAGCUACGGUGGGAUGGGUGAGUUUGGUGUUGGAUAUGGUCGUUACUAUGCAGGAUUAGGGGCCUAUGGAGCUGCAUCUUCGUUUGGUUAUCCCAGUCGCUUCGGGUUAUAUGGAGGAGGUUUUGGUGGAGCUUAUGCUGGUGGAGACUUGAGUGGCUAUAGACGCACUGUUGCUGAUGAGAGCUUUGGCGCCCCUGGUAGUUCUGGCUUUGGUGGUGAUGCUGAUCAGAGCUUUGGUGCCCCUGGUAGUUCUGGCUUUGGUGGUGCCACCUAUGGUGGGGCAUAUGAUCCUGCUCUAGGUGGUUAUGGAUCUGCUAGCACACCUGACGGGAAUAAGGGGAGCUUUGCUGGUGGAUAUGGACGGUAUCACCCAUAUGGAUGACAAGAAGAGCCCACCAAUCUCAAUCUUCUCUGCAUGCUUGUUCCCUGUCAUUAGAGGGUGCCCACUACCCAGCAUUGCUAGGAAAAUGCAGCUGCGUUGAAGCUUUGAACCCAGCUUAAUGUCAUGUACGUGUUUUCUGGUUCAUCUGAGGUUUAACUUUUUCCCCCAUAUGUAGUGAUGCAGACUAGAUGUCAUAUUGACGGUUUCGUUUGGCAUUAUAUAGAAUUCUGGUACUGUGAUGGUUUAAGGUAACUCUGUAAGCAUACCAUGGGGAACAGAUUAGCAACUGUCUAAAACGUUAGGAGGAACAGUGUCGAUUACUUAGCAUCCUUGAUUUGAUACCUGAAGGGCAAUGUCUGUGAUCCGUGAUGUUAUUACCGUUAAUCUUUUUGUCUGUGCUCACAAGUAA